GCUUAUUGAUGCGUUUGUUACACACAUAACCUAUAAAGUUUAAGUAAACAAACACGUUUGGGGGUGUAUUAAAAUUAUUAAGAUAAAGCUGUUUUAAUUACCUUUUAUACGUUUAAAUAAUCGGCGCGAUUAAAAAGGAUUAAUUAUUUUAAACAUACUUCAGCACCUUAUGUACUAUACAAAGAUGGUAUAGAACGCAGUCAGGCACAAUGGGGAGGAGCUCAAGAUCCGUAUACAACCGUUCAAGCGCAACAACAGCAACAACAACAAACACAACAGCAACAAACAACUCCCGGUGGCGCUAACAGCCCGAACCAAUCUUGCGGUCCAACUGUACCACCAUUGGGUGUUGAAGCGGAUUCCGUACCAGCUCGAGAUCAGAGUUUACCAUCGCCCGCCCCGUCUCCUUACCCGGCCACACAGGCCGAGCCCAGAGACGAUGAUCUACCGACAAGCGAUCAACCGACGAUGGAUAUGGAACCGCGGCCAGCCUCCCAGUGCUUCCCUACAGACAUUCAGCAGCAACAACCGUAUCAACAAUAUCGGGCACCGCCUCCGGCAGCGCCGCCACCCGUGCCACCCCACAUGUUAGGAGCGGGCAGCUUUUCCGCAUUGCACUACUUGAAACAGCCCGGUGUGGCGAUGUUGACAUCGCUAGGAAGUGAAGCCGCGAAUCAACUUGAUCAGUACACGAACAACAUGCAAGAUUUGAGGGCCGCCGCCCUUCCAGAUGUGAUACAACAACAGCAGAAUGGAUUGAAACAGGGCAAAGGCCUCGGCGGCGAAUUAAGGCUAUUCAAGUGUUUGACUUGCGGGAAAGACUUUAAGCAGAAAUCGACGUUGCUCCAACACGAACGGAUACACACCGAUAGUAGACCGUACGGUUGUCCAGAGUGCGGGAAACGUUUCAGGCAACAGAGCCAUCUAACGCAACACCUGAGGAUACACGCGAACGAAAAACCCUACGCGUGCGUUUACUGCGAGCGGACGUUUCGACAACGGGCCAUCCUCAAUCAGCACCUGCGCAUCCAUUCGGGUGAGAAGCCGUAUGAGUGCCCCGAGUGCGGGAAGCACUUCCGUCAGAAGGCGAUCCUCAACCAGCACGUCCGCACACAUCAAGAUGUGAGUCCUCACUUAGUGUUCAAAAAUGGUAUAAAUCCAACAUUAUGGCCUCAAGAUGUUCCGUUUCCUGCCGAUGAAGGUAAAGAAGAAGUAACGAGUACGUAUGGUGAUGGGGACGCGUCGCAAGCAGACCGGGGAAGCUGUUUUUCACCAAACAGCGUCACCGGGAACCUUCAGUAUCCGGCCUAUUUUAAAGACAACAAAGGAAUGAACCAUUCUGUGUUCGGUUCGGGUGCCAAUUUCGGCGCGUUGCAAUACCUCAGUAAUAAAGGUGGCACCGGCAAAUUGCCGGAUGUCAUCCAACACGGAAGAUCCGCCGGAAUGCCCCUUUACGUACGGUGUCCGAUCUGUCAAAAAGAGUUCAAACAGAAAUCGACAUUACUUCAACACGGCUGCAUCCACAUCGAGUCCAGACCGUAUCCGUGUCCGGAAUGCGGAAAACGGUUUAGACAACAAAGUCAUUUAACGCAACAUUUGAGGAUCCACACGAACGAAAAGCCGUACGGUUGCAUUUAUUGCGGGAGGAAUUUUCGGCAACGGACCAUUUUAAAUCAACACCUGAGGAUUCAUACCGGCGAAAAACCUUAUAAAUGUACACAGUGCGGGAAAGAUUUUAGACAGAAGGCCAUUUUAGAUCAACACACGAGAACGCAUCAAGGAGAUCGACCGUUUUGUUGUCCAAUGCCCAAUUGCCGGAGACGGUUUGCCACCGAGCCCGAAGUUAAGAAACAUAUAGAUAAUCAUAUGAACCCACAUGCAGCUAAAAAUCGAAGAGAUUCUGCUAAUUCAGAUGGUAAACACAAUGGAAUGUUACCGCGUGGUUUAACACCAACGACGGUGGUAAAACCGGAGUUGUACUUUCCACAGUGUUACGCGCCCGGAUUUAAUCCUCCAACGAGCGUCAGUCAGUUUGCGACGGCGACGCCUGAGUUUAAGCCGCCAAACGGUUUACCAACGCAGUGACUAACGGGAUGGCAAUUGGGACCCUGUAUCGGGUGACCAUUUGCCAUCUCAAAUUCGCUGAUAAGGACCAACGCUACUGCCGCUACUGCUGCUGCUACUUACGCAACCGAAGAGACCAAACAGAACGAGUAGCCUGGGGCGUGCGGAUUUUUUUUGGGGCUGUGGAACGGCUCCUGAGAAAGAAAAUCAAAUAAAUAAAGAAAAAAAAUAAAUAAAAAAGAAAACAACCGGCCGGGUGAUUGAAAAAAAUGGUGCUGUAAGACGGUAACUAAGAGAAAGGGAGAGAAUAAAAUGGGGUGGCAAAAAAGAUCGAGGUUAGAUUCUUGAUUAAGAAAUAAAAAGCACUUAGCGGCAAUACAUUUUAAAA